CUUGCCAGUGAAUCGUGUAGAGUACACUGCCAGUCUCUUGUCUUCUCUUCAUCAUGGCUGCUUCUGAUAUCCAGGUGAAGGAACUGGAGAGGCGUGCCUCAGGCCAGGCUUUUGAGCUGAUUCUCAGCCCUCGAUCAAAAGAAUCUGUCCCAGAAUUUCCCCUUUCCCCUCCUAAGAAGAAGGCUCUUUCCCUGGAGGAAAUUCAGAAGAAAUUAGAAGCUGCAGAAGAAAGACGCAAGUCCCAUGAAGCUGAGGUCUUGAAGCAGCUUGCUGAGAAACGGGAGCACAAGAAAGAAGUGCUUCAGAAAGCGAUAGAGGAGAACACCACCUUCAGUAAAAUGGCGGAAGAGAAGCUGACCCACAAGAUGGAAGCCAACAAAGAGAACCGGGAGGCACACAUGGCCGCCAAACUGGAGCGUUUGCGAGAGACGGACAAGCACAGUGAAGAAGUGCGGGAGAACAAAGGCUCCAAAGAGCCUGCUGAUGGGACUGAAGCCGACUCAUUUGAUCUGAGAACUGACUUUCUCCCCAUCCCCUUCCUAAAUAUCCAAAGACUGUACUGGCCAGUGUCAUUUUACUUUUGUCCUCCUGACAAAUAUUCUAGAAGCUGA